CGAGGUGGAUCGGAUCAUCCGUAUCUUGAAUCUGGAGGACAAGCGACAUUCCCGCUCCAAGACUCUCUCUGGCGGCAUGAAGAGGAAGCUUUCUAUCGGCAUCGCCCUCAUAGGAGACUCCAAGGUUGUCAUGCUGGAUGAGCCCACGUCGGGUAUGGACCCAUCAGCGCGACGGGCCACCUGGGACCUUCUCCAGGGAGAGAAACGAGGUCGCACCAUCAUGCUCACCACUCAUUUCAUGGACGAGGCCGACCUGCUCGGCGACCGGAUCGCCAUCAUGGCAGGAGGCGAGCUGCAGUGCUGCGGCUCGCCGCUCUUCCUGAAGAACAAAUACGGUGCUGGGUACCACAUGGUGAUCGUCAAGGAUCCACUUUGCAAUGUAACCGAGAUCACACGCCUUGUUCACUUGUAUGUUCCCAACGCCACACUGGAGAGCAGCGCUGGAGCCGAGCUCUCUUACAUCCUGCCUAAAGAAAGCACCAGCAAGUUUGAGCUGCUGUUUGCCGAACUGGAGAUGAAUAAAGAAGAGCUGGGUAUUGCAAGCUAUGGAGCCUCGGUGACCACCAUGGAAGAAGUCUUCCUCAGAGUUGGAAAGCUGGUGGAUUCUAGUUUGGACAUUCAGGCGAUCCAGCUGCCGGCCCUUCAGUACCAACACGAGAGGCGCUCCCAUGACUGGACCACCGACGACGCCAGCAGCAUCAGUGGCCUGACAGACGUCACCGACUUCACCGACAGCGGCACGCUCAUCUCUGAGGACGGCUCCAACAUCAAACUCAACACGGGGGUGAGACUCCACCUGCAGCAGUUUUAUGCCAUGUUUCUGAAGAGGGCGCUCUACAGCUGGAGGAACUGGAAGGUGAUGGUGGCUCAGUUCUUGGUUCCUUUGAUCUUCACCGUUGUGGCCUUAGUGGUGGCGCGCACACUUCCUAACCACCAGGACGCUCCGCUGCUGAGGCUGGCCCUCAGCCGCUACGGCGCCACCAAGGUCCCCGUGGCCCUGCAGCCUGGGGCGGGCCCCCUCGCCUCUUCUUUAGCGAAUGCGUACGCCUCCCAGCUCCUUGCCCAGCUGGGCGAGCUCAGAAAUAUCACAGACUUCACUCAGUACGUCCUGACCAAUGCGAAAGCAGAGGGCGGCAGCUUCAACGAGCGCUGCGUGGUGGGUGCUGCCUUCCUGGGCAGGACCAGCCACUAUUCAGAAGCAACAGCCUACUUCAACAACCAGGGUUACCACACACCUGCCACAGCCCUCAUGAUGGUGGACAAUGCCCUGUUCAAACUUUUAGCUGGGCCCAACGCCUCCAUCCUGACGGGCAACUACCCCAUGCCUAGAAACCUGUCUGAGGCUGCAAGGAGCCAGCUCACAGAGAGUAAGACCGGGUUUGCCAUCGCCAUCAACCUGAUGUACGGCAUGGCCUCCCUGUCCAGCACUUUCGCCCUGCUGCUUGUAACCGAGUCCUCCAUCAAGUCGAAGCACGUGCAGCAGGUCAGCGGCGUCUACCUGUCCAACUUCUGGUUCUCCGCCCUGCUGUGGGACCUGGUCAACUUCCUGCUGCCGUGCCUCCUGAUGCUGGUUGUAUUCCAAGCGUUUGGAGUCGAGGCCUUUGUGGCGGAUCACCACCUCAUCGACGUCCUCCUGAUGCUCCUCCUGUACGGCUGGGCCAUCGUGCCUCUGAUGUAUCUGCUCAGCUUCUUCUUCUCCACCGCCGCCACCGCCUACACGCGCCUCACCAUCUUCAACAUGAUCUCCGGCACCUCCACGUUUCUGGCCGUCACCAUCAUGACCAUCCCAGAGUUAAACCUGGUGCACUUGUCACACUUGUUGGAUAAGGUGUUCCUGAUCUUCCCAAACUACUGCCUGGGCAUGUCAUUCAGCCAGUUCUACCAGAACUAUGAAUUCAUCAAGUUUUGCACCUCAGGUCCCAUCAGCAAAGGAAUCUGCCAAUACUUCAACAUCACGUACCAGACAAACUACUUCUCAAUGUCUGAGCCCGGUGUGGGACGCUUCCUGGUGGCCCUGUCCGUGCAGGGCGUCGUCUUCAACGCUCUGCUCUUCGUCAUCGAGCUGCAGUGUGUCCGCACCGUCUGCAGGUUCUUCACCUCUCUGUGCAGGAGACGCAAACAGAUGCCUCUGUUAGACGAUGCGGCGUUCCUCCCAGAGGACCGGGAUGUGGCUGAAGAGAGGAAGCGGGUCCUGGAGUGCCAGCCCGUGGUGGAGUCCAUGGUCGGCAGCCCCCUCAUCCUGCAUGAGCUCAGCAAGGUUUACAGCAGCGGGGAGAACCUUCUGGCGGUGGACAGGCUGUCUCUCGCUGUGGGGAAGGGUGAGUGCUUUGGCCUCCUGGGCUUCAACGGAGCAGGAAAGACCACAACGUUCAAGAUGCUGACCGGCGACGAGAGCGUGACGUCCGGCGACGCCUACAUAGACGGCUACAGCAUCCUGAGGGACAUUAAGAAGGUACAGCAGCGCAUAGGUUACUGUCCUCAGUUUGAUGCCGUGCUGGACCACAUGACCGGAAGAGAGACGCUGAGCAUGUACGCCCGGCUCAGAGGGAUCCCGGAGAAGUACGUGGCUGGAUGUGUGGAGAACGUCCUGAGGUCGCUGCUGCUGGAGCCGCAUGCUGAUAAACUGACCCGCAGCUACAGUGGGGGUAACAAGAGGAAGCUGAGUGCCGGAAUGGCUUUGAUUGGUGGGCCUCCGGUCAUCUUCCUGGAUGAGCCUUCCACCGGGAUGGACCCUGUGGCCCGGAGGCUGCUGUGGGAUGCAGUGACGCGCACCCGGGAGUCUGGGAAGGCCAUAAUCAUCACUUCUCACAGCAUGGAGGAAUGUGAGGCCCUUUGCACCAGGCUGGCAGUGAUGGUUAACGGUCAGUUCAAGUGCCUCGGGAGUCCCCAGCACCUAAAGAGCAAGUUUGGCAGCGGCUACACGCUGCUGGCUAAGAUACACAAGGAGGAGGACAUGGAGGACAGCGACCUGCAGCUUUUUAAAGACUUCAUUGAAAGCACCUUCCCAGGAAGCCAACUCAAAGAUGAGCACCAGGGAAUGGUUCACUACCAUCUGACAGAUAAAACACUAACCUGGGCACAGGUGUUCGGCACCCUGGAGGCAGCCAAAGAGAAGUACCGCAUCGAGGACUACUGCGUGAGCCAGAUAUCCCUGGAGCAAGUAUUCCUCAGCUUCGCUCAGUUCCAACACUCCUCACAGACUGACAGGAAGUAGGCGAAUAGAGGCGAGGAAUCCGUCCAGUGCUGACCCAAAACCUGUCUGCAAGGACACGCCGGUGCAAGCAAGAACCCCCCCCCCCCCCCCCCCAAAAAAAAAAAAACGUUGACUUGAACAUCAACACUAGCGAAGUCCGUGGUCCGGUCCGAAACGUCGCCGUUUCCGCUGCUUCACGAGACUUUGAUUGGUCAUUCACACUGUUCGUUGUUGCCGCGUGAAGUUAGGAACGCCGACUCUCAUCGUAGCUUUUUGGAUUUCGAUACCAAGUAAUGAACUCUUAGAUCUGCACCUUCUUAAUUGAGUCAAACGCAAUGAUGACCCCACUACACUGAACUGUGUGUGACAGGGUUAGUGUGUGUGCGUGCGUGUAAGCGUGUGUGUGUGUUUAAUAUUUGUACAGAUUUUGUUUUUUCUUAUUUAUGACUUUUAUUACUUAUGUUUCCAAGAUGUUGUGCUGAUUUUCAUCACAGGAGAAUGAACCACUCUGAUGAUUGUGAAGUUGCUGUGCACCUUCGAGCCUUAUCCAGCAAACUAUUUGAUUGUUUUUAGGUUGCCCUCAACCGGAAGGACUCCAAGAUGCUUAAGAGCCUCUGAACGUUGUGACCAGAUGUACAUAUUGGGACACCUUUAUGUGGGGCCUGUACUCGAUUCAAGACUGUUUUCAAUGUAAUGCAUGCAUGAGGUCUGAAUGAAGAAAAGCAUGAAGCUCUGGGCGGUUAGAGCUAAAGGGAAUCAAAACUGAAGAAUAGUCCUGAGAUUACAUUUAAUCAUCUCUGAAUGCCGUCUGCACUGCUCCUUUUUCCAGUUUACGUGAAUCCCAGUUUCUGCAGCAACGUGCAACAGGAGGGAUGCUGUGAUUGCUUUGAAAAUGGAGUAGAUUCACCCAAUGAUUCCUUAAUUAGGCUAAUUUGCGAUAUGAAAAUGGUGAAUUAGUCACCAAACAACUAAUGAAUAUCAUUUCUAAGAAGACCAACCCUCGUUUUCUGGGACAAAUGAAUCCCUGCGGCAUUUUAAUGUCUUGUUCUCGUGCUUUUGGUUACACAUUAAGCAUCAAAUCAUGUUAACAUUAUUACGUUCCUAAAAUCAAAUCUGUAUAAAGGUGUGUGUAUUGUCUAGAAAAUACCCAGAGCUACAUUUAUUGUUUUCAAAAGUAAUCUUUCCCACACAUAUUAUUGACAAAUGUAGUCUCCUGCUUCUCCUUAAUGGUAAACGGACUGAAUUUAUGUAUCGCUUUUCUAUUGACAUGCUGACCACUCAAAGCAGUCGCUAUAUUACAAUCUAGGACAAGUAAAUUUCCUCAUACUCGGACCAACAAAUCACUUCAGUGGUGUGACGAAUGUACGCCUUCUCCAUGCCGUCCGACAUUAACAAAAAUAAUGCAUUCUCUUUUAUUAACCUCUUCAUUUACACUUCUAGGACGUCUUUGUACUGUUUUGCACAAUUCAUUGCCAUUAAGCAAAUGACUUGAACGAGUUACAGCAUGAACAUUUGACAUGUGUGCACUGCUGCUGUUUUAAAGACCGAGUCCUGCUGAAAUAUGGUGUGUCAUAUUUUAUAAAAAAAAAAAA